GCACAUGAAUUGGGAGAUAAAGUUUCAUGUAUUUUGGUGGGCGGGGAGACGGGAUGGAUGAUGGAUCUCGCCGCCUGUCUCCUCCGUCUCCCUUUUCUUCUCUCUAAUGCCUUCACGACUGCCCAUUCUCAGAGAAGCGAUAUGAGAGUGCUCCCUUCUGAGGGUGCCAACUAGAGAUUGCACCAUCGUUACGGAUAAGAGCAGAGCACCUCUUUCUUCUUCAUUCAAAGAAGAAGAAAGAAGACGAAGUGGUGGUAGUAGUGGCAGUGACAGUAGUACUGGUGGUAGAUGGUAUUCUGAGUUUUAUCCUUCCCAUGGUGCUCCUUUUCUGUAAUUCCCCGGGCUCCUGCGUCCUCGUUCGCAACUCCACUGCCAUUCAUAAUCUUUUCUCCCCUCGUCUGACACCUGACCUCCAUAGACGGCCUCUAAACGCUCGUUCUCUCCAUUCCUGGCCUUGUCAUCGUCGCGUUCGUUAUCUUCGUCGUUCCUGUGAUGAUGGGCAACAUAGGAUUCCGACUUUUCGGACUUCAUCGUCACUGGAGGCGAGGUUAUUGGACGACUACUACUCCGCCGAUGACGCCGGCCAGAUCAAAGAGAAGCAGCAGCAAAAGACCUUGUUUCCUGGAGGAUUUAAGCGGGCCGAGCUGAAGGUUCCGACGUUGGUUCUCCGAUUGAGCCCCAGCGAGGUACUGAACCGUGAUGACACCCUCAGGCUCCUAGAUUUCGCCAUUUCCAGGAGCGUUGGCAUCGUUUGGCUCGAGGACAGAGCCAACGAUGGUUCUGCUGGUGGGCGCCUCUAUGAGGCUGCCUGCAUCUUGAAGGCAUUGAUCCGGGACAGGGCUUUCUUGCUGGUGGCGGAGAGGGUGGAUAUCGCUGCGGCGGUCGGUGCCAGCGGCGUGAUACUCUCGGACCAAGGCCUUCCUGCAAUUGUUGCAAGGAACAUGAUGAUGGGCUCCAAAUCUAGAUCCGUGGUUCUCCCCUUGGUGGCCAGAACUGUAGAUACUCCAAAAUCUGCCUUGAGUGCAUCGAGUGUUGAAGGUGCUGAUUUCUUAGUCUUCGCUACUGAUAAUGAAAAGGACGCGGAGAUCAUGGCGUCCUCAGUGUGUCAGAAUGUGAAGGUACCGGUUUUUAUGGACAUCAAGUUCCUCCGAGGGGAGGCAUUAUUCACUGCAGCGUCAAAAGUAUUGCAAGCAGGUGCAAGUGGUUUGGUAAUAUCAUCCACAGACAUGAAACACUUCAAUGAUGAAGCUUUUAUCCAGUUGCUUUCUACAGUUCGUUUAAUGAGAAAGGAAAAUGAAGAUGAGCUGCAAGGCUCGAGGAAGUUGCUGGAUGUGGUAGAAAAAGGUAGCAAACCAUCGAAGCCCUUGGAUGGAUUCCGAAAGUUGGAUGGUAGAGAAAAACAACUCAUAGAGGCAGAAAGACCAGUUUUGCAUGAAGCAAUAUCUGUCGUUCGUAAGGCUGCUCCAUUGAUGGAGGAGGUCUCGCUUCUUUUGGAUGCAGUUGCUCGACUAGAUGAACCAUUUUUGCUGGUCAUAGUGGGGGAGUUCAAUUCAGGAAAAUCUACCUUUAUUAACGCCCUUCUUGGAAGAAAAUACUUAAGAGAAGGUGUUGUUCCUACUACUAACGAGAUUACCUUAUUAUGUUAUUCGGCUUCUGGGUCUAGUGGACAACAACGUGACGAAAGACAUCCAGAUGGUCAAUUCAUACGUUAUCUACCUGCACCAAUUCUCAAAGAAAUGAAUGUUGUCGACACACCUGGAACUAAUGUCAUUCUACAGAGGCAACAGCGUCUGACGGAAGAGUUUGUGCCACGUGCAGAUAUGAUUCUCUUUGUUAUUUCCGCUGACAGACCGUUGACUGAAAGUGAGGUGGCUUUCCUUCGCUAUAUCCAGCAGUGGAAGAAAAAAGUCGUAUUUAUUCUAAACAAAGCUGAUAUCUAUGAGAGUCCUCAGGAGCUUGAGGAGGCUAUAAUGUUUAUCAAGGCGAAUGCUCAACAGCUGUUGAACACAGAGGAUGUAAUACUAUAUCCUGUCUCCGCACGUUCUGCACUUGAAGCAAAACUUUCAGCAUCUACUGAUGAUGGGGUACUCGAUCAGUUCGUCUUAUCUUGUGAUCCUCGUUGGAGAAGUAGCAAGUUUGAUGAACUUGAAAAGUUCUUGUUAAGCUUCCUAGAUGGUUCCAGCAGCACUGGACUGGAAAGAAUACAACUUAAGCUUGAGACACCAGUUGAGAUUGCUAGCACAUUACUUGCUGCCUGUGAAGCAAAUGUGCUGGAGGAGCAACAAAGAGUCAAUCAGGAUCUUAGCUCUGCAAAGGAAUUAGUUGGUAGUGUUAAGAAUUAUGCAUUGAAAAUGGAAAAUGAGAGCAUGUCUUGGAAGAGGCAGGCAUUGUCAUUGGUUGGAUCAGCAAAGGCACGUGUUGUGGAAGUCAUCAAAUCUACACUCCAAUUAUCAAACGUUGAUGUGAUUACUACAUAUAUUUUCAGGGGACGGGGAAGUGGUUCAUUGCUUGCUGUAUCCAAUGUUGAAAAGGAAAUAAUUGGUACUGCACUUUGUGAUGCAAAGAAACUGCUAGAAGAUUACUUGACCUGGUUGCAUUCUAGUAAUAUACGUGAAUGCAUGCGCUGCAAGGAAACCUUUGAGAAGAAGUGGCCUGCAUUUUCUAGUGCAUCGCCUUCAGAAUCUGGUAAGUUGAUAAGCAAAGGAGAUGAACACAGCAUUGAAGUUGCAACGAAGUUCAGUGCCAGUGCUGCGUCUAAACUUUUUGAGCAGGAAAUCAGAGAAGUGGUUUUGGGUACUGUUGGAGGUCUUGGUGCGGCCAGUUUAUCUGCAUCUCUUCUGACAUCUGUUUUACCAACCGCGAUGGAGGAUCUUCUUGCUCUUGCACUGUGUUCUGCAGGCGGUUUCCUGGCUAUCUCUAGUUUUCCGGCCGGUCGCAAAGAAGUGAUAAACAAAGUAGAGAAAGCAGCUAAUUCCUUGGCUUCGGAAUUUGAAGAGGCAAUGGAGAAAGACCUGGCGCAGUCAAUAGAGAAUCUAGAACUGUUUGUUGAAUAUAUUAGCAGGCCAUAUAUUGAUGGAUUGCAACGUAGGAACCAAUACUUGUCAGGUAUUCGCGAGGAAAUCCUGGAAGUGGGGAAAAAACUGAAGGCUUUACAAGUUGAAAUACAGAAUCUCCAUCUUCAGUGAAUCACUUCAUUUUACCGGUUGUCAAUAAGCAUUGCCAGGGUGAAUUGCAUUCAGAACCAGAUUGCUUGAUCCAGCCAUUCUUUUCGGAGGGCGUCAGGUAGUUGAUGCCUUUGGAAGCCAACUUAUUCAUCAGGGAAAGGGAAAAAGUAAUCUCUACAGAGGUGUGCUACUGUCGUUUGCCCGUUUUGGCCGUUGAAUCGUGUCUGUUGUACAUUCAUGUAAGUGCCCAAUUUUGUAUUAUGUAAUCUCUUCUUGAAUGUAAUAAAGAAAGUGCUUUUCUUCAUAACAUAA